AUGAACGAACAUCGUACAAUUAUACCUGUAACAGUUAAUCCAUCUGAUGAUCAACGUUUUAUACGGUUUCAUUCAUCUGGAACGGAAAAUGAUCUUUCUUCUCGUAUGUCUACUAGAAUGAGAGAUUUUGAAGAAGAAUGUCGAAGAUGGCGUGAAAAAUUUUUCAAUGAAUCUCGCGUAGAGUCAGGUGGUGUACCAUCCUCGUCGUUAUCGUUAGCACGUCCAAGAAUGCGUGUAGAUUUUCCUGAUUUUCCCGAAUUUUCAACUGAUUGGCCUGUGUGGAAAGGUGGUGCGUUAGGUAAUAGCGGUAGUAGUAAUACUCAAAAGAGUUUUAUUGAAGAAGAUUAUGAUGGUAGAAAAAAAUAUAAAAUACAAUUUGAUAUUGGUGAAUUUAAACCGGAAGAACUAAAUGUCAAAGUCGAAGGGCGACUAUUAAUUGUUAAAGGUGAUAGACAAGUGAAAGUUGGCAAUGCAACUGAAUCAAAACAAUUUAAUCGUGAGUUAACAUUACCGGAAUUUGUUGAAGUUAAAGCAUUACAAUCCUACUUAUCUGAUGAUGGAAAACUGACGUUAGAAGCACCCGUUAUUAUGGAUCGUGUUUAUGGUUCAAAUGUAUCGCAAUUAGAACAUCGACAAGCAAGUCCAGGAAAAAUAGUUGACACAACAUUUAUCGGUGGAAGACAGCCGAUAUCAUCAUCAUUUGGAAGUGGUGGAUUAGGCACUGGAGGAAAUACACAAUCGUCUUAUUCUUCAACAUCGUCGUCAUCAUACAGACAAGAAGGUGGAACAGGACUAGGAAAUACUAGUUUUCAUCGUAGCAGUCCGUUAAGAGAUCAUAUAACAUCCACAACAUCUUCAACUUCAUCAACGUUGGGCGGUGGAAGUAGUUUAUUAAAUAAUCAAGCCCCAACCACAUAUUCAACAAUAACAUCUCGUCCCGAUUAUACAAUAUCCGAUAGAGGAGAUGGAACAAAAACCGUUAGUUAUAAAUUUAAUCUAGGUGAAUUUGCCCCCGAAGAUAUUGCCAUUCAGGUCAAUGAUACCAUGCUGAAAAUAACAGCCAUUCGAGAAGAACGGGAUAAUCAUAAUUCAUAUUUCAGAGAAUUCAAACGAGAAAUUGAUGGAGCAGAAGCCAAAAAAUUAACAAAUACAUUGGGCUCUGAUGGCAUAUUAAGCAUUCAAAUACCGGUACGAGACUAUCGACCACCACCAACACCUAUACAAUCAAAUCAAUUUAAUCUCGGUAGUGAAAAUGAUUCAUACUCCUUGGGAGAUCAACAGUUGAAACUGACAUUUGAUCUAAGUGGUUAUAAACCUGAAGAUGUCAAUGUAAAAGUGAAUGAAAAUGUAUUGAAAGUACAAGCCAUUCAUAUCGAUAAUACUCGCGGUAAACAAAUUAAUCGAGAAUAUGUUCGUCAAUAUGUUCUACCAGAUUCGGUGGAUAUUGAUAAUUUGAGAGCAAAAAUGAGCGAAGAUAGUACACUAACAGUCGAAGUACCUAUUCCUCAUGAUCGCGUUGGAUCUUUUGGUAGACAAAUUAAAAUAAAUUCAUAA